CAGUUGAGGAGGAAGCUCCAAGGAAGGUCUAUGGGGAGUGGAUGAUCGCGAAGCCGAAACGUAAGGAGGGUGGAGUGACUACCCCCAAGUUGAAGGAGCCCCAACCUCAGCCGACGGCAGAGAGACAAACGAAAAGGCCAGAGAAGCCAACUCGGGCUCAGGAGAAUGCAGGAUCUCGAUGCCGAGGGCUAGAAUUGGAAGUGGGGUCAGACGAGGAGGAGGGGACUGAGGAGAUCGAGAUGGAGGCCCCUCCUAGUGAGGACCUUACGGGACAAACAUCUAUGCAUGUGGAAUCAGGGAUCGAGGGCAUCCAAAAGGGGAACAAUAUCGGAAAUGCAAGUGAUACGUUGCAUGAACCUUCAUCACCAGACACGAGUGAGACGUCCAAUGCUCCCAAGGAGAAGAAAAGCGAGAAUGAUGCCCCGCCAUCUGCCCCGCAACAGUCCCGACCCCAACUAGUGAAAGUUCGGAUUCAACAAGUUAAUCAUCUCCAUAAAGAGUUGGCUAGCAAUGCUGGGCGAACCGGAGGCAACCUUCCUAUUGCUGAUUCUAGGACGCCAGCUCAUCUGAACCACCCGGUCCAUAAGAAAGGGGGUGGCCAUGGACCUAACCAAGGGCAUGGCCCACCGGAGAACAACCAUACAAACCAAAAGAACGGCAGCACCGGGAAGGGCGCUCAACAUGGCAAAGAGUAGGGAAUGUCAGGGGGGCCCACUGCCCCCCUGUAAAGAAUCGUUGAUCUAGAGUGUGGAGCUCCUCCGCUUUGCUCAGGGAAGUCUCUUCCUUUCUCGUUUGUUAGCAUUUUGUAAUGAUAGAUAUACUUUCAUGGAAUUGUCAAGGGGAAGGCGCCGAUGAGUUUGUCCCUUUAUUUUACUCGUUUGUGGGUUCUACGAACCCGGAUAUGGUUUUCAUUCUUGAACCUCGUAUUAGCGGUGUAACCGCGCGUAAUGUUAUUGCCC